AUGUAUCAGCAUAUACGGAGAGGCGAUGUUAUCUGGACACGGAUACUAUCGCUAGAACCCACACAGGAAGUAGUGUUAGUAGGUGAUAUAAGGCACACUCUCUUUCGUAGUCGCCGCUGGUGCAAAAUAUGGACAACAUUAGAGGCGAAGAUUGGGGAAAUGAGAGCUGACAAUAUAAUGAUGAAGCUGAGCAGCAGCAAGGAUAGCUGGAAGGCUGUGACAAAUGUUGACAAGAUGAUAACCAAGUCUAAGAAUGAAGACCUUGACGUGAUAAAAAUCCCAAUCACUUUUGCUUUGGUUGCUGCUGCCGCUGCUCAACUCAACAAUGAGUAUUUGCCCCCCAAUGCUGGUGGUGGUGGUAGGUGCCGCUGUUGGUGCAGCCAGCUUUGGGUGUUGCCCAGUCCGCUCCCGCUGAAGUGGCCUUCCGCUGCUCCAGCCCCUGAAGUCAGCUAUGCUGCUCCAGCUGCUGCCCCAGCUGCUGAUUUGGCCUACUCUGCCCCAGCUGCUUCGUACGAAGCCAGCUAUGAAAGCGAGGCUGCUGAGCCAGCUCACAGCUUCUCCCAAGAUGAUGGUUACCCUGCUCAGUCCUACUCUGCUCCAGCUCCAGCUGCCCAAUCUUACUCUGCUCCAGCCCCAGCUGCCCAAUUCUUACUCCCUGCCCAAUCUUACUCUGCUCCAGCUGCUCAAUCUUACUCUGCUCCAGCUCCAGCUGCCCAAUCUUACUCUGCUCCAGCUGCCCAAUCUUACUCUGCUCCAGCUCCAGCUGCUCAGUCUUACUCUGCUCCAGCUCAAGCUGCUGCCGAUUCUGGUGCUUCUGCCUCCUUCUCGGAUGCUGAUGGCUACCGUUACAAGACUCACCGUCGUGUUGUCUACCGUCGCAACCGUUUCUAG